AUGGUCCUUGAUGGAUACAGGCAGGGGAGAUACAGCAUGGUUGCUCUGACAUGUGCUCUGACAUGUGCUCCCUCUCCUCGCCCUCACCACCUGCUCCCUUUCACACCACGCCUCGCCUCUGUCCAGAUAACGUUCAGUGAGCCCAUGGCAUCGCAUGCGGACGCCACUCUCCAUGUCGCCCCCAACACCCCCCCGCUGGGCCGGCAGGUGAGCGCAGCACAGAAGGGGGAGCAGCAACGGGGGGAGAAGCGAAGUAGCGAAAGCAAACGUGAGUGCAGCAGAGGGGGGGGGAGCAGGAGGGGGAAAGGGGGGUGGGUGGGCAGGGCCGUGGAAGCAGUGCUUCCACACCCGCAUCCUGCCGUGCUUCCACACCUGCAUCCUGCCGUGCUGCCACACCUGCAUCCUGCCGUGCUUCCACACCUGCAUCCUGCCGUGCUUCCACACCUGCAUCCUGCCGUGCUUCCAAACCUGCAUCCUGCCGUGCUUCCACACCUGCAUCCUGCCAUGCUUCCACACCUGCAUCCUGCCGUGCUUCCACACCUGCAUCCUGCCGUGCUUCCACGCCUGCAUCCUGCCGUGCUUCCACACCUGCAUCCUGCCGUGCUUCCACACCUGCAUCCUGCCAUGCUUCCACACCUGCAUCCUGCCGUGCUUCCACGCCUGCAUCCUGCCGUGCUUCCACACCUGCAUCCUGCCGUGCUUCCACACCUGCAUCCUGCCGUGCUUCCACGCCUGCAUCCUGCCGUGCUUCCACACCUGCAUCCUGCCGUGCUUCCACACCUGCAUCCUGCCAUGCUUCCACACCUGCAUCCUGCCGUGCUUCCACGCCUGCAUCCUGCCGUGCUUCCACACCUGCAUCCUGCCGUGCUUCCACACCUGCAUCCUGCCGUGCUUCCACACCUGCAUCCUGCCGUGCUUCCACGCCUGCAUCCUGCCGUGCUUCCACACCUGCAUCCUGCCGUGCUUCCACACCUGCAUCCUGCCUGCCACUCUCCUUCAUUCGCCUUGCCCUCAACCUCUCUCCUUCUCUGCACGUACUCCACCUCACCACCCUGCUGCACCCGGCUGGUGGGCGACCCGCUGCAGGUCUACCUGGACAUGGGGCGGUCUGCUGUCCUCUCAAUCCAACCAUGUCAUCCUCCCCUCCCUCCCCCGCCCCCCCCCUGCCAGGUGGGCGACCCGCUGCAGGUCUACCUGGACAUGGGGCGGGCGGCGGGGGCGGCGGGGGGCGGCAGGGCGGAGGAGGGGGACGUGGCGGUGUGGUGGGGGCGGGGGGCGGACGUGCAGCUCACCUUUGCGCGCUUCUCUGACGCCAUGCCCAGCGGCAGGCAGCACGGCCUGCAGCCCCUCAAGUUCCAGGUGCCUCUCAAGUUCCAGGUGCCCCUCAAGUUCCAGGUGCCUCUCAAGUUCCAGGACACGUUGGUGUAUUGGCACGAGGACGACUGCCAGGAUCCCACGCUCAUCGCUCCAGGCACACAGGUGGCAGCGCACAUACCGACGCACAGCUUUGGGCAGUGCGGCAACAAUUUCAACAACUCCAACGAGGACGUGCUCUUCAAUGACACCUGCCCCUCCACGUUCGUAAUCUCUUAUGCACUGCCCCUCCACGUCAGUGCACUGCCCCUCCACGUCAGUCACUGCCCCUGCACGUCAGUGCACUGCCCCUCCACGUCAGUCACUGCCCCUCCACGUCAGUGCACUGCCCCUCCACGUCAGUCACUGCCCCUGCACGUCAGUGCACUGCCCCUCCACGUCAGUCACUGCCCCUCCACGUCAGUGCACUGCCCCUCCACGUCAGUCACUGCCCCUCCACGUCAGUGCACUGCCCCUCCACGUCAGUCACUGCCCCUGCACGUCAGUGCACUGCCCCUCCACGUCAGUCACUGCCCCUCCACGUCAGUGCACUGCCCCUCCACGUCAGUCACUGCCCCUGCACGUCAGUGCACUGCCCCUCCACGUCAGUCACUGCCCCUCCACGUCAGUGCACUGCCCCUCCACGUCAGUCACUGCCCCUCCACGUCAGUGCACUGCCCCUCCACGUCAGUCACUGCCCCUCCACGUCAGUGCACUGCCCCUCCACGUCAGUCACUGCCCCUCCACGUCAGUGCACUGCCCCUCCACGUCAGUCACUGCCCCUCCACGUCAGUGCACUGCCCCUCCACGUCAGUGCACUGCCCCUCCACGUCAGUGCACUGCCCCUCCACGUCAGUCACUGCCCCUCCACGUCAGUGCACUGCCCCUCCACGUCAGUCACUGCCCCUCCACGUCAGUGCACUGCCCCUCCACGUCAGUCACUGCCCCUCCACGUCAGUGCACUGCCCCUCCACGUCAGUCACUGCCCCUCCACGUCAGUGCACUGCCCCUCCACGUCAGUCACUGCCCCUCCACGUCAGUGCACUGCCCCUCCACGUCAGUCACUGCCCCUCCACGUCAGUGCACUGCCCCUCCACGUCAGUCGCCUGGGAUCUUGUGCUCUUCUUCGCCUGGACCACUCAGGCAGCGCACGCACAGCACUCACAGAAGUCGCACUGCCUCUCCUCCAAUUACAAGUUCGAACUCGUUGUCGAUGACCCCCGCCUCCUGGGCUUCGUUUCCUGGAAGCUUCUCCGCACGCUUGAAGCAGGCACGGUGCCCAUCUACUAUGGUGCACCUGAUGUGGACAACUUCAUGCCGCCCGGCUCGUACAUCGACGGGAGGAAGCUUCCCACCCCCGCCGAGCUACUUGCCGCCCUGCAGGAGUUGCACCUCGACCCCUUGAAGUACAUGGAUCUGUUUGCCUGGCGCACAUGCGGUGUGUGGGGGCACUACGCCCAUGUGGACGCGCUGGGCUUCCGCUCGCUGCCCUGCCGCCUCUGUGAGGCCGUCAGCGCCCGCCACGGCCGCCUCUUCCACCGCCACUAG